AAAAUAAAUUGAUUAGAAUACUCACUCGUGUCAACCUGGUGAUCAUCGAGUUUCCUGGCCUGAUUAUGUAAAGAGUUUUAAGAAGUUAGGAAUCUCUUGUUUCUCAAUGAAGCACGUAAUUUUCCCAUUAAUCGACAACCAAUAAUUUUUGUUUAAUAACCUCGGACUCACCAUGCUCCGCCAAACAUGCAACCUUCUUCCCCUAACAGCUGCGACUCAGCAGCCCCAGCAGAGGGGUAUGGCAACAUUGAAGACAAUCUCCAUGCGUCUGAAGUCCGUAAAAAAUAUUCAAAAAAUCACGCAGUCCAUGAAGAUGGUGUCAGCAGCAAAGUACAAUCAUGCUGAGCGUGAUUUGAGACAGGCGAGACCACUUGGUGAGGGAACUAAACAAUUUUAUGAACAAGCGGAGAUCGCUGCACCUGAGGGCUCACCAAAACAACUUGUUGUGGCCAUUACUAGUGAUCGAGGCCUCUGUGGAGCUGUUCACACUGGUGUUGCCCGUAAUAUUCGUGACACUUUGCUCGCUGAUUCUCAACUGAGAGAGAAUACCAAAAUUAUUUGUGUUGGAGAGAAGUCUAAAGCUAUUCUGUCACGAUUAUUCCCGAAUAAUAUUCUUUUUGUGGCUUCGGAGGUCGGCAGGAAGCCACCAACCUUUGGAGAUGCUGUCAAAGUUGCUGCUGAGAUCAUGAACUCGGGAUAUGAAUUCGGAAGUGGACGCAUCGUCUACAACAAAUUCAAGUCCGUAGUCUCGUACAAAGUGGACCAGCUUCCCCUGUUCGACAAGGCCGCAGUGUCAGCUGCCCCAAAAAUGUCGAUUUACGAUUCCCUCGAUGAGAGUGUGAUCCAGAGCUACAUGGAAUUCUCUCUUGCCUCACUCCUGUUUUACUCAAUGAAGGAAGGCGCAUGCAGCGAACAAUCCAGCAGAAUGACGGCCAUGGACAAUGCCAGUAAAAAUGCUGGAGAGAUGAUUGACAAACUCACUCUGACGUUCAAUCGUACACGUCAAGCUGUCAUUACCAGGGAGCUCAUCGAAAUUAUCUCUGGUGCUGCUGCCUUGGAUUGAGAUAAUUAAAGGACUUUACUGUACGCAUUUGAAAUGUUUCAAUUGUGUAGUGAGUGCCACCAGCAAGUGAGAAAGAAAAUGUUAAUUGAAAAGUGUAGAGAAGUUUCAUUGAAUCAUUUUAUCGGUGAUCACUGAUUAUUGAUAAAUAGUCUUUGAAGGGAUUCCACUCUCACAGAAUUUAUUGAUUAAUAAAUAUGAGUAGAAAUAG